AUGCCUCCCGUCUCUCGUUCAUUGUGGUCACCGUGCCAUAAUCUCUUCAACAGAGUUUACACGUCUCAUCUUCGACCCUUCAACUGCCGAGCACUCACAUUGACUACCGGCCCGGCCCCUCAGCAGAAAAUUUUCCGGAACCGGCAGUCCAUCCAGUUUUACCGCACUUUCCACGUGAGUCAAACGGCCACGUCGAAACACAGAUCACAGCCCUCAGACACAGAAGAACUGAGUCUCAAGAAGCAAAAAGAAAAGAUGGCAGUUGACGACCACUACCUUACUCUUUCGUGCCCUGAUAAGUCGGGUAUCGUGUAUGCGGUGACGGGGCUCCUGGCAAAGCAGAACCUCACUAUCCUGGACCUGCAGCAAUUCUCCGAUCCGGACUCCAAGAAAUUCUUUAUGCGCGUGCACUUCGGGCAUGCCACGGAUCUCUCGGCCCUCCAGGAGCCGCUGCAGAAAUUAGCGAGCGAGUUGAAGAUGGAUUACCAAGUGCGAGCCGUGCAGGAGAAGCCCAAGGUGCUGCUCAUGGUAUCCAAGAUCGGACAUUGCUUAAACGACUUGCUGUUCAGAGUCAAGAGCGGCCAAUUGAAGAUCGACAUCCCGCUUAUUGUGAGCAAUCACCCGGAAUUCAAAGAGCUUGCCGAGUCGUACGGCAUUCCGUUCCACCACCUGCCUGUGACCAAGGACACGAAGGUGGAGCAGGAAACGCAGAUUUUGGACCUCAUUUCACAGCACAAGAUCGAUCUUGUUGUAUUGGCGCGGUACAUGCAGGUCCUUUCUCCAAGACUGUGCACUGAGAUGUCCGGCAAGAUUAUCAACAUUCAUCACUCGUUCUUGCCAUCGUUCAAGGGCGCGAAGCCGUACCACCAGGCAUAUGAGCGUGGUGUUAAGAUUAUCGGUGCCACGGCGCACUUCGUGACUGCCGACCUAGAUGAGGGUCCUAUCAUCGAGCAAAGGGUCGCACGCGUCGACCAUGCUAUGUCACCGAAGGAACUUGUGGAAGAAGGAAGCAACGUUGAGAGUCAGGUACUCGCGGCUGCAGUUAAGUGGUGGAGCGAGCAAAGAGUGCUGUUGAACGGUGCGAAGACAGUCGUGUUCAAUUAA